AUGAAUAACGAUAGUAAUACAAAUACCGCAGAUACUAAUACUAGCAAAUUUGUGGGGUUUUUUCAAAAUUACUUUUCUCAAACACAAAAAUCAAAAUCCUUACCUGAUAGUUCUGAUAACCAAAACAAAAAAUCACAAAAUUUGGUUAAAGAUAACUAUCCGUAUAUCUAUGUCACAAGAAUAAUGAGCCAACGAAAAACCAACUAUACUUAUAGAAUUAUUUCACUUGGCUUUUAUCCUUUAAAUGUUACCAAAACCCGACGCAAUUCAAUUAAUGGGACAGUUUAUCAAAUACCAGAUGACUAUUCAUUUAUAGUAACAAUAUAUAAAAUUCAAAUUACAUGUAAAACUCAAUACCAAAAUAACUUAGUAAAAUAUACAAUAAGUUGGAUUGAUCACAAUAGUGAAACACAGCAAUAUAUUACAAGUUAUAGCUCUGCAACUGAUGUAAGCAACAAGUUUUUACAGAAAUUAGGAAAAUCUAAUAAAAGUUCUAUCUCAGGAGUAAAAUUAUUCGCUUUUGAUUUGGAAUGUUUAGAAAAACGACGUAAUUCUCAAAGUAUAGAUCUAGAAAAACAGCGUAGUUCUCAACAAAAACCUUUAGAAGAACUGUCUUUAUCACAAAUAAAUCGACGACUUAGGUCACUUGCCAAUAAUAUUAAAGAUAAUAAUAAUACAAUUGAGCUUAAUUUUCAAUCAUUAGUUGAUAAUUUUACUACAGAUGAAUACCUUGAUUCUAUCGUUUAUGCUUUUGAUGAUGCAUUAGUUUCAAGAGAUAGUCUACGACGAUUGGCAGCAGUAAUACCUGGAAUAGAUCGCGAAUAUUUAAUAAGCAAACGACGAACAGAAAUUAAUAAUUUUAUGAGCAACAAA